GGUCGCUUCCUUUCCCGUCAUGGUCACCUUUUGUGGACUUUCGGCGCGAGAAUCAAAAGAAAAAUAAAUACAAGGGUGCGCCUUAGUUUCGUCCGAUAAAGCGCGAGUGAAGCGGGCUGUCUGCGCUUAACUCUGUCGGCUCUUGUGCUCCCGCGCGGAGCUUUUUUACGUGGAAGCAGAUUCUAGAACUGUCAAAAUGACGGCAUGAUUCUGACGUCAUUCGAGUGUACAGCGGGUUCGGUCCAAGUGCCACAGUGCGAGACCUGCUCAACCUGGAGCGAAAGAGGGCGAGAGCACAACGCCAGCGGGUCUCUGUCGGGCGCACGAAGAGGCCACACCAGGACUGGCAGCCGGUAACGAAGAGGCGCGCUUGAUCAGCCGGGCACCAGGCGUCGAGAAUGGGAGCUGCCGAGGCAACGCUGCCGACGCCCGGCCACCAGAAGGUGUUCGGCCUGGUGUGGCGCACGGUGCGCGAGGCGCUGUUCCUGCUCGAAGUGGGCACGCUGUGCGUGCUCGCUCUGUUCGUGCGCAAGGGCGUGUGCCGCUCCGAGGCAAGCAUGGAGGGAAAGACGGUCAUCGUCACGGGCGCCAACGCAGGCAUCGGCAAGGCCACAGCUAUGGACCUGGCAAAGAGGAAGGCGCGCGUCAUCCUCGCUUGCCGAAACAUGGAGAGGGCCAAACGUGCCGCGCAGGAGAUUUUCGACGCCACGGGUCAGGUGGCCGUGGUGAAGCAGCUCGACCUCGCGUCGUUCAAGUCCGUGAACGACUUCUGCGACGAUAUACUGAAGACGGAGUCGCGCCUCGACGUGCUGAUCAACAAUGCUGGCAUUGUUACAGAAUCCAAAGGAAUCAAGCUAACCGAAGACGGCUACGAAUUGUGCUACCAGUCAAACUACCUCAGUCACUACUUGCUAACAAUGAGGCUUCUUGGGCUGCUGCGCAAGAGUGCCCCGAGCCGGGUGGUCAACGUUUCGUCGGCCAUGCACCACCUGGGCACGCUGAGCCACCCAGACCAGCUGGCGCGCGGCCUCACGCCCGUGCGGCACCCGACCGCCUCGUACGCCUGCAGCAAGCUCGCCCAGGUCGCGUUCACCCGCUCGCUCGCGCACAAGCUGCGCCACUCCGGCGUCACAGUGAAUGCUCUGCACCCUGGCGAUGUGAAGACGAACAUCGCCACCAACUCACCCGGAGGUCUCUUUUUCGGCUUCCUUUUGGCUCUUGCAGGAAAGACUGCCGAGGAAGGAGCCCAGACGUCCAUCUACUUGGCCGUCGAGCCCAAGAUGAGCAAGGAGACCGGUCGCUACUACUCGGACUGCCAGCGAGCGUGGAUAAGCAGGCAGGCGGCCGACAGGAGGCGGUGCGAGCGCUUCUUCUGGGAUUCAGCGCGCCUGGUGCGACUCGACGAAGCAGAGGUCAAGGCUCUCGUUGAAAAAUAAUAAAAGCCGUAAUCCUUGCA